CCAUCCGCGCUGUCAUGGCGGCGCGGAGGCUCCACGCGGGCGGGCCCUGUUGCUCCCAUGCGGGGGCGGCCGCCGGCGUGAGGCAAACGCUAGACGAGAUGGAUUUCGAGAGGGGGAUCUGGUCAGCAGCCCUGAAUGGAGACCUGGGUCGAGUGAAGGACCUGAUCCAGAAGACUUCAGACCCCAGCCAGCCCGACUCUGCCGGCUACACCCCUCUGCACUAUGCCAGCCGCAAUGGGCACUAUGCCGUCUGCCAGUUCCUGCUGGAGAGUGGUGCCAAAUGUGAUGCACAGACCCACGGGGGUGCCACUGCACUGCACCGGGCCAGCUACUGUGGCCACACAGACAUCGCCCGUCUCCUGCUGUCCCACGGCUCCGACCCCAGACUGGUGGACGAUGAUGGCAUGACGAGCCUGCACAAGGCUGCUGAGAAGGGCCACGUGGACAUUUGCUCCCUCCUGCUGCAGCACAGCCCAGCCCUCAAGGCUGUCCGGGACCGGAAAGCACGACUGGCAUGUGACCUGCUGCCUGUCAACAGUGACCUUCGGGACCUGCUGGCCACUUGAGACCUCUCCUGCCCUGCUGCCAAGCAAGGACACAGACUCACCCUCUCAGCUGUCGCAAGACAGGACACAGGCGGGGCAUGUCUGGCUGCUAUAAGAGAAUGGAUUUGGUGGAUAUGCUGCCAAGGCAAUACUUCCACCUGGUACAUGGUGGGGCUCUGAGUUACUUCCGGGAAACCCUGUGCCACUGGAGAAAUACACUAUAUACCAUCAUCUCCUUACAGACUUAAACCCCAUCACACACAAAACUUGAAAUAAAGAUGAAACAUGGAGGUAAAA